UGUCUUAUCACAGGUGUAAUGGGAACUACAGGAGUACUUCUAUCUGCACUCUGUGUUGUCUUGUACUUCCUCCAGAUGGUAGCACUGAGUUCAGAACAAUUCAUAGUGACUGGCUUACAGAAGCCAGUCUUGGCACCAUUGGGUGGAAAUGUUGAACUGAGUUGUCAGUUGUUUCCACCACAAGAAGCACAGCAUAUGGAGAUUCGUUGGUUCCGGAAUCGCUAUACAGAGCCUGUGUAUCUGUACAGGAAUGGUAAAGAUCUGCAUGGAGAAACUAUCUCCAAGUAUGUGGAGCGAACUGAACUCCUGAAAGAUGCCAUUGAAGAGGGGAAAGUGACCCUCAGGAUUUUUAAACUGACAGCUGAUGAUGAUGGGUCAUACCACUGUGUCUUCAAAGUUGGAGAGUUCUAUGAAGAGCACAUCACAGAGGUCAAGUUCACAGCUACAAGCUCAGACAUACAGAUUCUCAUGCAUCCGCCUAAUAUUAAAGGUGUGAUGUUGGAGUGUCAUUCAGGAGGUUGGUUCCCACAGCCUCAUAUAGAAUGGAGAGACAGCAAGGGAAAGGUCAUUCCAGCUACAUCAAAAGCCCAUUCACAGGAUGAAACCAAAUUGUUCAACAUGACAAUCACCCUUCUUAUUGAAGCCAGCUUCCACAGAAAUGUCACUUGCUAUCUUCAAAACCUUCUAACUCACCAAGAAGAAAGCAUAAGUAUUGUCCUAUCAGGUGAAUUGUUUUCAUGCAAACGUGUUUGGAUAACGAUUCUGACUACAAUAGGAUUUAUGCUGAUAGUCUCCUGCGUGACUUACUGUGUUCAGCAACAUCUCAUAUAUGGUAGCUUCUCUGAGGCAAUAUGUCAUUGCUUAAAGGGUGCAAUGGUACUCGUGAUUUCAGUGCUAGCAAUUAUAGGAACCAUGCUCAUUUUGCUACUAUUUCAAAGAGUCCCAGCUUCAGAUCAACAUUUUGAGUUGGACGCUUUGUGGCUUGAAGAUAUUAGUGUGAUCCUGUUUUUGCUGAUAAAAAUGAAUGAAGUCCCAAUUGGCUCCUGCUUCAAUGCAUCCAACCAAGGGAACAUUCCAGAGACAACCAGACAAAUGAAGAACAUGAAUUAA